AUGAGCUCACAAGAAAAACUAGAGCAGAGCCUGCGCCGCGCAACAGGAGACGCAAACCCAUCCCUGACCAAUGCAGCCAUCCCCGCUCUUCUGCGCGGCAUAGCCCGCACGGGAGUAGCACUGCGCAAAGCCCACAGCGUCGAGACAGCCGGGUCGGAGAACGUCUUCGGCGACGCCCAGCUCAACGUCGACGUGCUCGCCGAGGAGUUCUUCAGGGGCGAGCUGGCGGCGUGUCCGGCCGUGGUAGCAGCUAGUUCUGAAGAGGACCCCGUCGAGACAGAUGUGUCCACCUCGAGCGAGGACACGGAUGACGUCUACGCCGUGGCUUUCGACCCGUUGGACGGGAGCUCUAUUAUUGGCCCCAAUUGGUCUGUUGGCAGCAUUCUUGGUGUAUGGGAAGGUCGAAGCGUUCUUCGCCAGGACCCGAGCAAACAGGUCGCUGCUGUCCUUGGCGUGUUUGGACCGCGGACUACGGCUGUGAUUGCUGUGCGGAUCCCUGGUCAUGAGCGCGAUGCUGUGUGUGUGGAGGUUGGACUUGCUGAUGAUGGGUCGUACGAAAUCAUCCGCUCUGAUGUGAGGCUUAAUGCGGAGUGCACGAGUAAGACGAGGUAUUUUGCGCCGGCGAACCUGCGCUCUGCAGCUGAGGACGAGAGGUACAUGGGACUUGUUACCCGGUUCAUCGCUGAGAGAUAUACGUUACGGUACAGCGGUGGCUUGGUGCCGGAUGUCGUGCACUCUUUGGUGAAGGGACAUGGUGUCUAUUUGUCCCCCGUCACGGCAGGAAGCAAGGCGAAGCUGCGCCGGGCCUUCGAAUUGCUGCCUGUGGCCUUGAUUGUAGAGUGCGCGGGUGGUAUGGCGAUCGAUCCUGCUAACGGACGACGAAUCUUGGAGACACCCUUAGAGAACCUUGAUGAAAAGGCCGGGCUAGUCUGUGGGACUGCCGGGGAGGUUGAGAAGGUGAAAACUGCAUUAUUGGGAUAG